UCAGGCCCUUUAUGUGAAGUCACCAUUAUCAGCUGCUGCUGCUGCUGCUUCAGGAAAGGAUUUCCCUUUGAUGAACCUGGGCCAGGGGCAUAUUGAAUACAGAAUCACUAAUGCAUUUGAGAAAGCGGUGAAGUUUGAGGGGAGAAAAGUUCCUGAUUUGCAACUUUACUGGAUGCAAAGAUGUCAGUGGACAUGAAUAGCCAGGGGUCUGACAGCAAUGAGGAGGACUAUGACCCAAAUUGUGAGGAGGAAGAGGAGGAUGAGGACCCUGGGGACAUAGAGGACUAUUAUGUGGGAGUAGCUAGUGAUGUGGAGCAGCAAGGGGCUGAUGCCUUUGAUCCGGAGGAGUACCAGUUUACUUGCUUGACCUAUAAGGAGUCUGAGGGUGCUCUCAAUGAACAUAUGACCAGCUUAGCCUCUGUCCUAAAGGUAUCUCAUUCAGUUGCCAAACUUAUAUUAGUUAAUUUCCACUGGCAAGUCUCAGAGAUAUUGGACAGAUAUAAGACCAAUUCUGCUCAGCUGCUUGUUGAAGCUCGAGUUCAGCCUAAUCCAUCAAAACAUGUCCCCACAGCCCAUCCUCCUCACCACUGUGCAGUGUGUAUGCAGUUUGUGCGGAAGGAAAACUUACUCUCUCUGGCAUGUCAGCACCAGUUUUGCCGCAGCUGCUGGGAGCAGCACUGCUCAGUACUUGUCAAGGACGGCGUGGGUGUGGGAGUCUCUUGUAUGGCUCAGGACUGUCCACUCCGUACACCAGAGGACUUUGUGUUUCCAUUGCUUCCCAAUGAAGAAUUGAGAGACAAAUACAGGCGCUACCUCUUCAGGGAUUAUGUGGAGAGUCAUUACCAGCUCCAGCUGUGCCCUGGUGCAGACUGCCCCAUGGUUAUUCGGGUACAGGAGCCUAGAGCUCGCCGAGUGCAGUGUAAUCGGUGCAACGAGGUCUUCUGUUUCAAGUGUCGUCAGAUGUAUCACGCCCCCACAGACUGCGCCACAAUCCGGAAAUGGCUCACGAAGUGUGCAGACGACUCUGAAACGGCCAACUACAUUAGUGCUCACACUAAAGACUGUCCCAAGUGUAACAUCUGCAUUGAGAAGAAUGGAGGCUGCAAUCACAUGCAAUGCUCCAAAUGUAAACACGACUUCUGCUGGAUGUGCCUAGGUGAUUGGAAGACUCAUGGUAGCGAGUACUAUGAGUGCAGUCGGUACAAGGAGAAUCCUGACAUUGUCAACCAGAGCCAGCAAGCCCAGGCCAGGGAGGCCCUCAAGAAGUACUUGUUCUAUUUUGAGAGGUGGGAAAAUCACAACAAAAGUUUGCAGCUAGAGGCCCAGACAUACCAGCGGAUUCAUGAGAAGAUUCAGGAGAGAGUCAUGAACAAUCUGGGGACUUGGAUUGACUGGCAGUACCUACAGAAUGCUGCCAAGCUCUUGGCCAAGUGUCGAUACACCUUGCAGUACACCUACCCAUAUGCAUACUACAUGGAGUCUGGCCCCAGGAAGAAGCUGUUUGAAUACCAGCAGGCUCAACUGGAAGCUGAGAUUGAAAACCUCUCAUGGAAAGUGGAACGUGCGGACAGCUAUGACAGAGGGGACUUGGAGAACCAGAUGCACAUAGCAGAGCAGCGAAGGAGAACCCUGCUAAAGGAUUUCCAUGAUACUUAAGUCGGAACAUGGAUGUGCCGGGGUGAAGAUGUGGCUCCAAGGUCUCCCGGCGGCCAUACUGCAUGCUGCAGGCUCUGCCUUUUACAACCCAGGUUGCAGCCAGGGCCCCACUCCUGAGAGACAUUGGCAGCACAUCUCUUAGUUGAUUUCUGUUUUCUUCUCAUCUUUUGCUUUUUGUUUCUACCAGGGUAGAGGCCAUGUUGGUUUGACCUCUUUUCAGGACUUUUAAUCCCCCCUGGAUGGUUGUUGGGAGGGAGGGAAUGUUUUUUUCUGAAUGGCUAUUAAUAGAAUUAGAUCAUUACAACUUAUGUAAUUUUCAAAGGUUGUAUAAUUAUUAAAAAAAAAAGGCAAAUAAUAGGAUAACGCAACGCCCUUUUAAAAAAU